CAGAAAAUGGUGCUCGAUUGGUCCUUGUUGACUAUGCGCUCGUCAGCUUUUCUUGAAUUAAGCGUUGAAAAUAAUGUCACUUUUCUCUGCGCUUGCAAAUGAGGAACAAAAGCCAGACCAAGGAUGGAGUAAUGCUAAUAUGUUCAAUAAUAGCCUAUCCUCGGACACUGCACAGGAAGUGAUAGACAUCAACAUUUGGCCAACAUCAAUGACAGGAAACGUGGUCACAGAACAAAUAGAACAAUUUGAUCCAUCUGUCAACCAGUAUAGUUCACAGUUCAUUGAGACAGCACCUGUACCUAUAGAGUUAAAUGCACCAGCUGAAAGUGUUGAAGUAAACACUGAGCCUGCUGUACCAAACUCCUUAGUGCCAGAACAAUCUCCCAUAUACACCACACCUGGGUCUACUACAACUGUGAAUUUAGGAUCGACAGAAGGUGCCCACCAAGCCUACUACUCCCUAAGCCAAAACCGAAUUGUAAUUGUAACCAGUUCUGGAGGAUCACAAAUAUGCACAUCUCCAAACACAAACACUGUCUAUAGAGUUGAUCAGAAAACAGAGCAAUCAAAAACUUUAUUGCAUGAUAUUGUACGUCUUGCAGGCACUCCUAACUCCAGCAUUGGAGCAGGACGAGGAAUAGUUCCAGUAGAGACUAGUUCAAGGGGUAGAGGGAGUUCAAGGGGAAGAGGUGGGUGUAGGCCAAGAGGCAGAGGUAGAGGUCGGGGCAGGGCUAGAACAAUUAUAGGUGGUACUCCGGAAGGAACAUAUAAGGUCAUCGCUCCCACUCCGACACAACAAAGACCUAGGGCAGGGAACAUACUGUUACAGAGUUCAGGCGGUCCCACUGCAGGCUCUUUUGCUGGUUAUACCAUUCCAAAGAUCAAACAGAAUUUUACUACCGGAACAGGGACUUUACUUGCAUCUUCAUCCGCAUUCAGUGGAACUAACAGCAUUGUCACUUCACUUCAGAACUCAAAUCCACAACUAAAUGAUACAGGUGAUGUCAUCAUUGAUUCCGAUGGAAACUUGCAGCCGAUGUUCGAUCAUGACUAUGCUAUUCAAAAAGGCACAGAAUCUGCAGUGACUCCAAGUGUGAAAAACAGUGAAAGUCAUACUGGCAGCAUAAUUACAUGUGCACCUGCUACUUCUAGUGCGACUUACACGAUUGUCCAUCAGGUUAAUAACAAAGAAAAACUUGUUAAUGAUGCAUUAAAGCCUAGUUCAGCGCUAAGGUCUGCUCUUCUGUCGACAACAGAUAAGAAAAUAAUCCGAGUGGAGGGUCUGUCAACAGGAAGUCCAGUGUAUACAGUAACAACUAGCAAUAAAUCUCCAGCAAAGGAUGCAUCACACGGAGGACAGAAAAGCAGCCCUGUGAGUAUUUCAAAGGUUGUCAAAAUCCCCUAUCAUCCUGUCAUACAGGGAUACAGUCCAGCAGGUAAUGUACAGCAGGCUAAUAGUGCUGAACAAACUAUAAAAGUCUCCAGUUUUGGACAAGAGACAGGAAUGACAGUUCCUACAAUGGUUGCUUCAAAUGCAAUACCUGAUGUGAAAACUUGUGCAGCAGUGUGUACUGAUGAAGAAUCCCAAAAGAAUGAAAUUAUGGUCAACAGUGAAGACAGUGUAUCUAAACAGAACUUGUCACAGAGUAGCGGCACAAGUGAUUCCAGUAGCUGUAAUAUUCCUGCCAAUCUGCUAACUGCCGAGAUUACCAAUAAUUUAAAAGCAGGCCAACAUUACAUCAUAGAUCAUGGAAAUGGAGUCCAAAAGACCAUGAUAUGGGAUGGUUCAAUGUUUAUAGAGGCGACCAGCGACCUCAACCAUCUGAGUGGAGGUGGAGCCGGUGAUGGUAAUGGAGAGAAGGUACUUAAAGGCAAUGCUACUGGUCUCAAUAUGGUCGUGAAAAGGAGAGUGGGCAGGCCAAGUAAGAACUCGGACACAAUAUUACCCAAUGGUCGCACAUUCCUUCAUGCAAGUGAUCCUGCAGACAGAUAUCUUGGAAGACCUCCAAUACAUCCAAUACAUACGCCAUCACCGGGAACAAGAUAUGACCAUGAUGCAGAAAAUUCUCGAGAAUCUAGUCAAGGCGAUGACAGUAAGUCGGACGACUCAUCUAGUGUGAAACGACAGAAUGAGGAUGAUGGAGAAUAUGUAGUUCACUGUAAAUUUUGUGGAUAUACAAGUGGCAAUACAAACUCCUGUGAACGGUGCUUUAGAAAAUUCCCAGUUAAUGUGAAAAAGGAACCAGUGAAGCGCCAAAAGAUAGAUGAUAGUGAAUCAACGAAUGAACAAAUAUCAAAUGUUGUGACUAAAGAAUCAUUCUAUGGUCAAAAGAUUCAAGGACAAUCUCAGCCAUACAAAGGUUCUGUGUUCACCGUGCGAAGUACGACGCAAAGAGGCCGAAAGAUUAACUCACAAGGAAAGUCCUACAACAUGGUCCGCAUCACACCAAGCAAAAAAUACAUAGAACCAGUUACUGUGAUUGUAUCAUCAGAUGAAGAGGACGAUACAGCUACACAAAUAGCAAAUCUAGAAAAUCUUUCUACAUCAGUUGUUCAGUCUUCAUCUAGAAAUGGCUCUUCUAGUGCUUUAUCCAAUAACGAGAGCAAAAACCAGCCAAAAACUGUUCCUGAAAAGAGUGAGGAAGAUGACGAACUGUCCAAACUUGUGUCAAUCAUUCCUUCUCACACUUCACCAACAUUUAAAAACAGUAGAAUUAGUAAGAUGGAAGACAAGGUAAAUAGUAUAUUUGCAGGAAAUCCCAUUUCAAAAAAGAAUGAAAAUACUCGGUCUAAGACACCGUCACCAGAACCGACAGUUCAGGUGGACACGCCAAAGCCUCUGGCAAGUCCCCUCAAGUCAGUGUCGUCGGGAAGUCUUACACUCAAUGCCCGGAGUGUCAAAGUUGGUUCACUGAAGGGAACACCUAUAGAACCUAUCCUUAUUUCAGAUGAUGGUGUACAAAUCUUCAUGGAGUGUGAGGAAAACACUCAUAAAUUCAACAUCACCCCCUCAGAUAUGAAGCAGUGCUUAUUACACCUGAAGAAGUCUACACCUGUCAUAUUUAUCCAUACAACAGUAAACUUUGGGGUCAAACUGAGAGAACAACUGGACAUGACAAAUGAAACUCCUCCAGAAAACUCUCAGGAACCUUACUUCAAUCCUGUUGACAGAGACUUGAAAUACCAGUACAUAGUGCUACUUUUACAGUCUGUUUCCUUACAAGAACAGAAAAGCACAUUAAGAGUUCUAGAAAGUUAUCAACAAUCAACUGACAAAAAGGAUCGGAAUUUCAUUGAGAUGUUAAGUCAUACAGAAUCACAGCAACUUCUCCUAAAUACCUCAUUCCUGUGUAAGAGGAUACCAAACCCUGAUAUUGAUGCAGACCCAACCAAAAUGAACUCUGAACUACUCAAUGUUGAUAACACCAUGACGAAAUCAAAUAUGAGCUUUGGGACAGAGAGCAUGGAUAUGGACACCAGUCUUGACCCGAGGGAGCGGUCUCCUUCCCCUCCCCGUAUUAUGUUUUCUGGACCAAUUGAAAAAUUGAUAACAUACCCACCUCCACCUACACCAGGUGGAAUAGCAGUCACAAAUGAGGAUUUGUACUGUCUGAACGAAGGAGAGUUCCUCAAUGAUGUCAUAAUUGAUUUCUAUCUCAGAUUCCUGUUCCUGGAGGUACUGAGUGAAGACGUAAGAAAGAGGACCCAUAUAUUCAGUUCCUUUUUCUUUAAACGUUUAACACAGCGACAAGGCCGAGUGUUGGACUCUGCUCUCACUCCUGCAGAGAGAAGGCAUGCAGCAGUGAAGAAGUGGACAAAGCAUGUGGAUCUGUUUGAUAAAGAUUUCAUCAUUAUACCCAUCAAUGAACAUUCCCAUUGGUUCCUGGCUAUCAUCUGUUACCCAGGAUUAUUGAUGAAUGAAAACCUUUUAUAUGUACCGAAGCAUCGUUUGGAGAAAGUGUUUGGAGAACAGGCUAGUUCUCCAGUUCAGCAGGAGAUGGAAGGGGUGUCUGAAAGCAUGCCCACUCCUGGCUCUGACAACGCUGGCGAGGCUAUGGAGGAGGAUGGGGAGAAGAAGGAAGAGAAACCGAUGGAUACAGAGACAGCACCCACAACACCUGUGCCAAUACCUAUAAACACAUGUUCUUCCUCCUCUCCUGUCACAACACCUUACAAACUUCAGUACAUCCCACCAGCAACCAACACAACAAAAGUGAUACCGAAGGAACUGCGUGGUCGGGUCAUACAGGAUUAUGAUGAGGUGGCAGAAAGCAAAAAAUGUUUUGUAGAAAAAGGCCAAAGAGUACCAUGUGUAUUGAUCUUUGAUUCACUGGCUGGCCCAAACAAAGCUAGAAUUGUCACAAUUCUGAAAGAGUACCUACAGGUGGAGUGGAACUUGAAAAAAGAAACUUCAUUUAACCUGAAGGAGCGGAUACGAGGUAGCACACCCCGAGUCCCCCAGCAAACUAACUACAGCGACUGUGGAAUAUAUGUGUUGCAAUAUGUACAGAGCUUCUUUGAGGACCCUUUGGUGGACUACUCAUUUCCAAUCAAGUGUUUACAAAACUGGUUCACUGAGGAGAGAAUGAAAAAGAAACGAGAAGAGAUUAAAAACUUAGUGUUAACAAUAAAAGAAAAAAAUGACACCGAGUUGCUUAAAAAGCUACAGCAUUUGCAACAACUGAAACAGCAACAGUUGCUGCAACAACAGACAGAAAACGACCAGGCACCUGAGGAAGGAAAAGAAAAAGAUAGUGAACAGUCCUGACAAAGGCUGUGAUGUUGUGUGUGAGAGUGGACAGACAUAAACAUUCAGGGAUCAUUACACUUCAUCAUCUACAAUCUGUUACCAAGACAACAGGUGUCGUACCAAUACAGCUGUUACUGAGGCACAAAAUGUCAUUACCACUUGUUACAGGUUCUGGUCAUCCAUGUGUCAGGAUGGUCUUAAACUGAUGAUAUGGUGAUAAAUUGGGUUUAAAGGGAAAAAACCAUUCCAUCCACAUCCACUAUUAUGUGUCGCAAUCAGAUUUAUGUGAUGUUAAACAUUUAAAUUUGAAUACUACCAGUGAGAGACUAUGCUUUCACUGUUGUGCUCUGUAUUGCAAUAAGAUUUUGUUUAAUGCCAAAAGUUUCUGAUUGAUUACUACGUAUAUACCAGCCUUACUGUAGUUCUUGUUUCAAUGUAUACCAAACACCUGAUCUUGUAAUAUCUUUAGUGCUGUGUGACCAAUUGUUUACUCCAAUACAAUUCACAUAUUUCUUUGUUGUUAAAAAAUCAUGAAAUUAAACAUGAUUUAUAAUAAGUGUUCUUAAGUUCUAAAUAGAAUGAAUUAUCCUGCUGAAGUCUCUUCAAUCAGUUUUCAACUAUCAACCAAACAUUUAGUCUUGUUUAUUUUAAUCUCUGCUGAUAAUAUUACUAUACAAUUUUAUUUGCAUUUUGCAUACAUAAGGUUGUAUUACCAUGGUAAUUAACACUACUGUUUAAUUAGUCCUCUGUGUCACUACUAAUAUAUCCAUCUGUUCACGUAAAUCAAAUUCCAGAAUUUAAGAUAUUCAUCUUAGAUUUAAUGAUACAGAAAUUACAUUUAUUUCAUUUUGUUGAUAAAAAAUAUAUUUUUGCAUAUAACAGAUUCUUUUUUAUACACUUUUUGCAAACUCAAAUAAAUAUUUAGCAAGAAAUUGUUGAGCUAGAGUAUAGCUUGUAAUCAUUAGUCGUGGGAGUUGAGGACAGUACUUCAUGUACUGGUUGUUUCAUGGUAAAGGAUGUCAGGUUAUUUUGAAUAUUGCAAAACAAAUUGGUCAAAACAAGCAAAGAAUGAAGUGUUUUAGUUGUAAAUGAUAUUGAUUAUAUGGUGAAUACACUUAAAUUGAUGGUUAUAUUAAGAGCUGUAAUUUUCAUUUCCAACUUUUCUUAACAUUUGAAUGAUAUGGUUGAAAUUGGUCCAAAUGAGAAACUUGUGACUAGGUAUUAGAUAGCAUUAGGAGAAUGUGAUUGAAAGUUUCAUUAUUCUUCAGUAUUAUAACAUCUUAAAUUUUAAAUUUAUAUUUUAUUAGGUCACCCGAGACUAAGUGACCUAUUCUAAUCACCUUUUGUCUGUCAUCGUUGCGUCGUAAACAAUUUACAUUUUCAACUUUAUCUCAACGACCAAGAGGCCUAGAUACCUGAUAUUGGGCCUAAAGCAUGCUGGAAUGAAUGGCUAUCAAGAUUGUUCAAAUGUUCAAAUGAAUGACCUUGACCUUCAUUCAUGGUCACAGGGUUAAAUAUGUUGAAAUCUUUAAAUGACUUCUUCUCUUAUAGGGUCUAUAGUUUGCUGUGGUGAAGGGCUAUCAAGAUUGUUCAAAUGAAUGACUUUGAUCUUCAUUCAAGGCCAAAGGGGCCAAAUAUGCUAAAAUCUUUAAUGACUUCUCAUAUUGGGCCUAUAGCAUGUGGGGUGAAGGCCUAUCAAGAUGUUCAAAUGAAUGACCUUGAUCUUCAUUCAAGGUCAAAUAUGCUAAAAUCUUUAAAUUACUUCUCACUAAGCAAGAGGUCCAGAGAUCUGAUAUUGGGCCUUUAGCAUGCUGGAGUGAAUGACAAUGACAUCAAAUUCAAGGUCACAGGAAUCAAAUCUGCCAAAAUAAAUAAAAACUCAGGAGACCGUUAAGGCCCAUUAGCCUCUUGUGUUUCUUAGAAAAUUUUGGAGAAAAGAACAUAUCUUUCAUUUACGAUGUAGUGGUACAAAACUAUCAUUAUAUUUUAUUAACAGCAUUAUAUUCCUAGAUGGAAACUGUGAUUGCUAUAAAAUUGUAAAUCAAGUUGAGUCGACAUAUAUUAAAACAUCAUUAAUUAGGGUCAUUACCUCUUGUAUUUAUGUGUGGAUAUUUGUCAGAUUUCUGUUCCUCAAAUGACAUUGUAGAGGUUGCCUGUAACAUUUGUACCAUUUAAUUUAUUAACUGUAUUGAUUUUCAUUUAAAAAAAAUUCAUACAUCUUCAUUUAAUUAUCAGCACAUGCAUUUCAGUGAAUUUACACCAGCUGCCAGUUUUUAUGUUUUCUAUAAAAACAAUAUUAAUAUUCCAGCCUAUUAUUAGAACCUGAUCAUGGGUUAGUUACAGAAGAGAGAUCAAUACAUACAAAAGAGAGAUCAAUACAUACAGAAGAGAGAUCAAUACAUACAGAAGAGAGAUCCAUACAUACAAAAGAGAGAUCAAUACAUACAAAAGAGAGAUCAAUACAUUCGGAAGAGAGAUCAACAAUUUCACUGUGAUGAUGGAUUUCAUCUCUAUUUAAUAGUAUUGCUUUAUAAGGAAUGCAAUGAUAGGAAUAACAAGAACUUGUCAGUAAGUACUAGGGAGAGGAAUAACAAGAACUUGUCAGUAAGUACUAGGGAGAGGAAUAACAAGAACUUGUCAGUAGGUACUAGGGAGAGGAAUAACAAGAACUUGUCAGUAGGUACUAGGGAGAGGAAUAACAAGAACUUGUCAGUAAGUACUAGGGAGAGGAAUAACAAGAACUUGUCAGUAAGUACUAGGGAGAGGAAUAACAAGAACUUGUCAGUAAGUACUAGGGAGAGGAAUAACAAGAACUUGUCAGUAAGUACUAGGGAGAGGAAUAACAAGAACUUGUCAGUAAGUACUAGGGAGAGGAAUAACAAGAACUUGUCAGUAAGUACUAGGGAGAUAAAACCAGAUUGACUUACAUUGUGGCUUGUUUAUAGAUUUUCAAGAAGGAAUUAAUGAUCUUUCCUUCUUUUUGAAAUAAUAAUAAUAAAGUAGGUGUUAAGUUUUUUAGACUAAUAGGUACAGGAGGUUGAGAUAUGGUGCUGUCUGCAGGGUGAUAAAAUGGAAUCAAUGUGUAUUUUUGUAUGUGGUGAAGAAAGCUGUAAUGAAGAAUCUGUUAUACCGGUAGUAAUUUCUUGUCUGUGUUAAGUUACUCGCCCAGAUUCACUGUUUAAAAAUACAUGCUUGUGUUGUUACUUGUUCAAACAAAUAUGUCAUUGCUGAUUUAGGCAAUAUGGUUGCAUCCAGAUAAAGCUAAUAACUCUUAUGUGCCUGAAUUUUAUUUCACUUUAAAAUAUGAGGAAAAAUGCUGAAAGGUCCGUAUCUGGUUGAUUCAGCCUAUUUGAAGUAAUAGCAGUUUUCUAGACUAAUAGAUACAGAAGGUCGAGUUUUGGCAAUGGCUGGUGGUAUCUCAUACUUAUGAAUCUGAACUGCAGUUCUGAAUUUUAUAUAAGAAAAUGAGUAUUAGAAUCUGAGUUUUAGAAUGGAUGAAAGACUUGCCUUGUCUGGAUGGAGAGAUCUGAGAAUGGGGUGUAACUGGAAUAAUUUGCAAAAAGUGUGCUAUGACUAUUCUGAGAGGCAGUGUACAUAUGUAAAAUAAUACAGGAAUACAUAACAUUGUUGAUAAAUGAUUAUGUAUUUUUAAAGUUUUGCACACUGAUUUCAAAAUAUUUUCAUUUUAAACAUGAUCAUUACAAAGAAGAAUAAAACUGUGAUUUUAUUGUGUUGUA